GUCUACACAAGGUCAGGUACGGAUAACGGCCUUGAGUAUACAACUAGUUCUGAACGAAGUAGAAGCCUUCGCUUAACGAGGAUGGGUUUAACUAAAAGAAUUGUUGCUCCAGCUGAUUUACGUCAGUGGACUUCUUCUAUCGCUUUAAAUUGGUCUCUCGUCCAAUCCAGGAUAAUUUGAAAUCUUCUAAGGUGUUUUGGAAGUUACUAUUAUAAAUGUAACUAUUUCAGGCCAUAAUGUUGGUAUGUGAAAUGCUUGACAAGUUACAGCAAGCAAUUAAAGAUUACCCACCUGAGGAGCAGCCGCAGAGAUUUGGAAAUAAAGCAUUUAGGCGAUGGUUUACAUGGUUACAAGAGAAUGCCAUUGAAAUUAGUUCAACUAUUUUUCAUGAUCAUGGUACCACAGAUUUCACUGAUCCACCAAUGUUAUACACCGAAGCAGUUGACGAAGUUUCCGGUUAUUUAGUUGAAUCAUUUGGAAAUUCAACACGUAUCGAUUACGGGACUGGUCAUGAAUUGGCUUUCUUAGCGUUUUUAACUUGUCUUUUCAAACUGAACAUUCUAAAAGCACAAACUGAUUCUGGUGCAUCAACUAUAAAUGAUCUCCUAGCUGUUGGGCUUGUUGUAAUGCCAAAGUAUCUAGUAUUAGUUCGUCUGUUACAAACAACAUAUCGUAUGGAGCCAGCUGGCUCUCAUGGUGUAUGGUGUUUGGAUGAUUUUCAAUUUGUACCUUUCAUUUGGGGCAGUAGUCAAUUGAUUGGCAGUCAGCACAAUCCUACCGUGAUAACAGAUCGUGAUGUUGUUGAAUUGGAGAAAGAUAAAUACCUUUUAUUUUCAUGUAUUUCUUAUAUUCAUCAUUGUAAAACUGGUCCAUUUGAAGAACAUUCACAUACGUUGUAUGGAAUUAGUGAAGUACCGAAAUGGGAAAAAGUUAAUUCUGGUUUAAUUAAAAUGUAUAAAGGUGAAGUUUUAGAAAAAUUUCCAGUUGUUCAACAUUUUCUAUUCGGUAGUUUAUUAUCAUUUGAUAGAAUACAAAAUAGUAAACCUUUGGGUGGUAGUGGAAUAAAUAUUAGUGGAGGUUUUAGUCAACAAGGAUUUAUUCCUUCAAAUAUUGAUUCAUUUAUAAAACCGAUUUCAUCGACAAUCCAGCAAUCAAAUCAACACGGUGAAAAAUCGUAGAGUUACAAAUUAAAAGUUGAUGGAUUAUACAAUAAAUAUUAUUCUACAUAUAAUGAUAAACUCGACUUUUUUUUUCUCUAAUUAAGUCUUAAUCUUCUUCUUUUUUAUGGAUUGCUUAGCAAUUUUCGAUGAAUUUUAUCUUGUUCACAUAAUUGAUCAUGUAUAUAGAUGCUUGCAAUGACUAUCAUUUUCAACGUUGACUGUUUUGUUUUGUUCAUAAAUGGUUUCGUAAUACAAGUUUGAAAUUGGUCAUAGACAACGUAGGAUCUGACAUGAAUGUGUAUCAGCUCGAGCUGCUACACAUCAAAUGAGCACAAGUGAGAAAAUUAACAAAAUGAAAGGUAGAUGAAGGUAAAUAAUAACAAUGUCCGAGUGAUGUCAUAGAAUGGAAAUAUAGAAUAACACUAAGCUUACUGAUUUUUUUAAAAGAAGAUAAAUACUGAAUACAACUGCGAUCGAUCUCAGGACAUACCACUUUAUGCCUUAAACUAUAGGUUACGAAUAAUUAUUCGUUCCAAUCCUGGGAUUCUGAAUCUCUCCACUUGGAUUAAACCAAUAGUUAGUGAUAAAUAUAUUUUUGUUAUAUCCCGAUGAAUAGAAAAAUUAUAUUUCUGACGUUUCGUGACUUGAUAUAGUUAGUUGUUUCAUAGACUUAUAGUAUGUCCUGGUUUGGCUUCGGCUAGUGUGAUUUUACCAUAUUUGUGUAUUAACCAGCGUAUAUAUAUAUAUAUAUAUAUAUAUAUAUAUAUAUAUAUAUAUAAUGAUUCAUCAGUCACUCAAUGCCACCUUUCUAAGAUGUUUAUCUAAUUAGGGGAGUCUUAUUAGAACCUAUCUACUUGGUGCUGUUGAGAAGUUGGUGACCUUCAAAUAACAUAUGCUCUAUUCUAAUUUUUUUUCAUCACUGUUAAUCAUUCUCUCCAUCGACGUGAACACCCUCUAUGACGUUAGUUAUUAUUUUCCAAGAUUGACUUUAAUAUUCGCCAUUGAACUUCAGAGUUAUGGUUACUAUUUUAAAGUAUUGAUAACUAAUCAUCGAUACGUUUGAUUGGUUAUUUAAUCCAUAAACCUACCAUUGGGUAGACUUCUCGACCUUGAGUAUGCGGAUGAUAUUGUCUUACUAUGCGAUAAUGCCCAAGCCAUGCAAUCCGCACUUAAUCAGUUGACAAUCACUGUCCGUAGGUACGGUAUGUGCUUUGCACCUUCGAACUGCAAAGUACUUCUACAAGUAUCAUCGUCAUUUCAUUCUGUUGGAAAAAGCGGAGAGGUGGUCAGUGUGUGACAUGGUGUUGAAGUACGAAAGAAAGCUGUAAUAGGCUAGCCUGUGUUGGACCUUGACGACUCCCUGGUUGGGGUCCGAGAGAUGGUGCAACACAGUGGCUAAAGACGUUAUCAGAUAUGGCUCAGAAUAGAAGGCAGUGGAGACCCUGCUGUAAUCUUCUUUUACUUUCUUCAUAAAAAGUGGUUGUAUCUUCCUAAACUGAAAGGAUUCUUCCGAUUGUACCUUUCCAUUUCCCCCAUUAUUAUUAUCAUUACUACACUUCUUUACACUGAUCUGGUCGUUGUUACUCUUCUUCAUUCUUUCUUUCGCACUCGUUACCUUUAUAUUCCUCCCCAUUCUCGUUGUUUUGUGUGGCGCAUAUAUAUUUGGUGUCCCCUUUUACCAAUAUUUAUGUGUUUGUAAUGUCGGCUAUUAUGUUAAGCCCAUAUACCUUAUUCUAGCCUACGGACAGCUCAAUCUAUUGAUUCUAGUUGAGUCACAUUCUGAACUUGUUAAUUAUUCGCUUAUCAACCUUGACUGUUUUUAUAUGAUCACGUAAGUUUGUGUACACUUCUUAUCCCAUUAUUCAUCACAUGUCUGUAACUUAUUUUUGUGUGACUAUAAAUGUUGAUUAACGCUUGGUUAAAGGGGGAGUUGGCUUACCAGCCAUCUCCACUGCCCGUCGUUUUGCUUUGUUCUAUUCCAUUCGCUUCAUGUACAAAAUAUAUGUAUCCAAAGGUCCAUUCUCGUUAUUUGACUUAUUUAAGUAGAUGAUUAUAUACGAGGAUAGGCGAUAACAAGCAUUUAUACGAUCUACUUGGAGUCAGAUCCCGGGCCACUAAAGUGGAGAGCCCGUCAACAAACAUCGUCCGAUCUAAAUUAUGACGAAAUACAGGGCCCCACAUGUUCAAAUAUAU